CCGAUCAAAGCAAGAGAAAUGCUUUUAGAACUCCCAAAAUAUCGAAGUUGAUUUAGAUAUCUCGUUGCUUGUCUCUAAACAACGUCAAAUUGCGGUCUCUGCAUCAUGGAUACGUAAUAUUAUUCACUAGUAAACGAUGGCAUCGUUAUCGCCUGAGAAACAAUCAAAAUACACUGGAUUAUACCCAACAUUAAAUAAAUCGGCACAAUCAGAAACAAGUUCUCAAUUUAAGGAAAGCAGUUUUUUCACAAAAUUGGGAAAUGGUAUUUUAGAUUUAAGUAUUGAUGAGUGUUUACAAGAUGAAAUAUUUGAUAUAAUGCCCAAGACAGAUUAUACAUACGCAAGAAGUGGAAGUUAUUGCAGGGAGGCACUUGACAAACCUUACGUUAGUCCCAAUAUGUCUCGUAGAAGAUUACACAGGAAUGUAACACUCUCUCCAGAAGCCAGAGGGAUAUAUAGUAAUAGUGCAACUAAUAUAGUAGAAAAUGAAACAACAACAACAACUACUACAUAUUCCACAAUACAAACCUCUAAUAACAGUUAUAAUAUAGGUAGUAGUUACUUAGAAACCAAUAAUAGACUCAGUGAAAAUCUUAAUAAUUCUUAUAGUGAAAGAAUGAACAACAGUAGAAAUGAGACUGAUAAUUAUUUAUUAAAUUCUAAUGAAACAGAAGUUAUUGAUGAAUAUAGUGAUGAAGAAUCGGAUAUUGUUGAUGAUGAUGCAUCGUCCAGUAGUAGAAGAAGAUAUAUAGAAACCGAAGAUGGAAUGGUUCUAAGAUCUGGCAGUCAUUUACAUGGAAUCAAGGCAACCAUAGAUUCUAUGGAUCAACAUUCAAAAAGACAGUCUGAUAUAAUUCCUUCUUCUUCAUCUAGAAAAAUUUACAAUCGAUCUAAUAAUAUGAACACUGAAUAUAUUACAACCUCAUCUACAGACUCCGUUAAUUCAUCCACUCAGUUACAAUCAUUGAAACGCAGACUUGAUUAUGAAGAUACCGAAUUAGAAAAAGCAGCCUAUGAAACGAGUGAAAAAUCACAAAAUAGAAGAUCUCCAAGAAAUAAUAAUGUUGGUUCCUAUAGUUCAAACAGUUCUUUAACCACUAAAAGUUCUGUUGACCACAUGUAUGGUCUGGAUUCUGAUGAUGAGUCAGAUGUACAUGAUGGUAAUACUGUGUCUAGUGGUAGUUCUACAUGGAGUACCGAUACAGCUAAUGAAACUAUUACAGAAACUGUUAUUACAACAAUAACCACAAUAUAUACUUAUUUUACAUACAUGACAGAACCAUUGUAUGGUCCUAUUGUAAAAGUUUUAGGACCACCAGUGCGGACAUCAUAUGAAUGGUUGUGGAGAAAAUUUACUACUUUUAUGGCAUAUUUUGUAUUGCUCGAUUUUUGGAUUUUAAGAAGACGACAGUUUUGCUGUAUUUGUGUUCCACUAUUAUUAUUACUUCUACCUUUACUCUUGUUUGGUGGAUAUUAUGGAAAACAGAUGCUAGCAAAAUCUAAUAUACUUCCUUUAUUCUGGGUUCAAAGGGGUACCACCGAACAAGUAGUAAUAAAUAAGGUGUCACAGUUUGAUACAUAUAAUUUGAAUGACAAAGUAAAACAAAUAGUUUUGCAAUUACAAGGAAACCAAGCACCAUCUCUCUCGCAGGCAGAUAUAGAAGUUAUUAUACGAGGUAUAUUAGAGAAAGAACUUAAUUCAUUAAGACUUGAUCUUGUUGGACAGAUUAAUCAAGCUAAAGCAGAUCAGUCUGUUGAAAAGAAGCAGUAUAAUCAAAAACUGGCAUCUUUAGAAACUUUACUGUCUGCAGCUGAAGUAAGAGCAUCGGAUCUGGAAAAAGAUUUGUCCCAAGCGAAGCUGUAUGCAAACAUGGAAGGUGAUCAAGUUAAUGCCCAGUCCUUACUACGAAUUCAAAGAAUGGAAGAUCAGUUACGAGAAAUGAAUAUUGAUAUUGGUACAUUAAGACAGUCACAUAUAGAUAUGACAGUUGCUGCACAGAAUUGUUGUAAAAAUGAUAGUUUCUAUACAUUAGCCGUCCGUGACGAGGUGAAGAGUAUAUUGGCUGGGAUUAUGAGUGGAAGUGAUGGUAAUCAAGGUGGUGGAGGAGAUGAUGUUAGCAGUAUGUUUAUGUCCUGGUUACAUGGUAACUAUAUUAGUAAAGAAGAAUUUGAGGUCAAGAUGAAGGCUCUUGCUAAUGAUAUUACAGAAAAGAUACUCCUUCUUGAGCAAAACACAGCCCAACAAAUAAUCAUUCAAUCUGAAAAUAGUCAAGACACAAGUGGUGGAAUAGGUGGGAUUAGUGAAACGUAUGUAAGAAGCUUAGUUGAAGAGUCAUUGUUAAAGUUCAGUGCUGAUAAAACAGGCAUGGCUGACUAUGCACUAGAAUCUGCAGGUGGCAGUGUUUUAAGUACUAGAUGUUCAGAAACAUACUAUCCUAAAACAGCACUGGUCAGCAUAUUUGGUAUACCAAUGUACUAUUCAUCUAAUUCACCUAGAACUGUUCUACAGCCUGAUGUAAAUCCUGGUGAAUGUUGGCCAUUUAAAGGAAAUAAAGGAUAUAUAGUCAUACAGUUAGUUCGUCCUAUAACCCCUACUGGCUUUACACUAGAACACAUACCUAAAUUACUCUCAAAUACAGGAGAUAUUAAAAGUGCUCCAAAGGAUUUUGCUGUUUAUGGAUUAGAAAAUGAAAGUAGCGAUGCUGCUAUAUUAUUAGGAAACUAUACCUACAAUGAUAAUGGACCAUCGGUACAGUUCUUCCCAGUAAAACGGCCAAACCCAAGUGUAUAUAGAUUAGUAGAAUUGAGAAUAUUGGAUAAUUAUGGACAUUUAGAGUUUACAUGUAUCUACAGAUUUAGAGUUCAUGGUAAUCCUGUGUCCAUCUAAGUUUGUGCUUUUGUGUUGUGUACCGGGUAUUAUUUGAAUUUCAUAAAAAUUGUUUGCACAGAAAAUAAUGCAGUGAAUAGACAAUGUGUGAUGACUGAAAAACUAUAAUCAUAAUCACAUCUACUACAUGAUAGACUUUGAUUUUCAAAAGUAUGCAACUUCUGAAAUUUUCUUGUAUAUUGCUGUGAGUUUUAUAAUUUUUGAAAGAGCCAAUGUGGGUUGAGUGUGCGACUUGUUACAACUCUCAGUUAUUUGAUUUUUAUGUAUUAAACAUGUCCAGACACAAGAAAAGCUACUGUAUAUCUAAUAAGUGAACACCCUGAAUCUCAUUAUAAUCACCAUACUCUUAUUUCUCAUUGAAUAUAAAAAUACCGGUAGUUUAAAUUUGACUAUGUUAGUUAAUGUCUCAGUUUAUUUGUUGAGUUAGUUAGAGAUUUAUUUGUUUAUUAUCUAUUAUUUAAUUACAUGUAGACGUGUCUAACCUAGUUAAUGAUUAUUAAUAACCAAUGAAUAUUUUAUAUAGCUUUGUUUUUUAACUUUUACAUACUUAUAUUUUAUUUUUGUUUUAGUUCUUCAUAAUUCCAUGUAAAUACUGGUAUGAAUUCAGGACUUCAUUUUUAUUAUACCUCCAAAUAUUUUUAACAUUCAGAAUAAGUUUUGUCAUAUGAUCCUUGACAAAGUAUUUUGAAAACUCUUUAACUUCAUUGAAAAGCAUGUUGGUAGUAUACCCCUUCACUUUCAAUCAGUUUUAGUUCUCUCAUAAUUCAAUUUCAAGUACUCAGAUUUGUUCAUGAUUUUGUAAUUAGAUUGAUGAGUCCCAUAUUUAAAAAAUUUAAAAAAAAUAUUGUGAGAAUUGAUGAAACACAGUACAAAGUAUUUAAUGUUAUAGAUAUUAAUAUUGAUGGAUAUUAUUAAAUAAAUAAUAAUUCAAAUAUGAUAUCUUUCAGGAACAUAUAACCUUACCUUCAUAUUACACAUCUAAAUAGCACUACAAAUAACAGUUUGUUGUGGAUUUGUAUUGAAUUAUUGUUUGGUCAAUUAUAUUUUAAAUCGAUUGUUGGUCUCAAUGCUAUUGCUAAUUCGCACAAUAACAGCAGAUAACUCAGCAAUAAAUAGAAGCAGAAAUCAGCAAUUUGUUAUUUUCAUUAUUUCUCAUACUUAUAAUAUUCUCCUUUUUUUUUUCUCUUGUAUAUAUACUCAUUUAUUUUUUGUAUUUAUUCAAUAUUUUAUUCUAUGAUUCCCACCUAAAAACAUGUAUUUAUUACAAAAUGAUUGUGUCUCUAUUCCUUCCAAAUGUGUUCAAUAUCAAACAUUUUAUAGUCUUCAUGGAAACUUUUAUGUUAUUACUACUUAGCUAUAAUAUUUUAUUUAUUGUAUAUAAAGGAUUAUAUCAAUGUUCUGUUUCACAUGUACAAAACAGUUAUUUUAACAUUUUAUUAUUUAUUAGUGUUUUUAACAAACUGUAGAUAGAUAUUUAGGCCUUCUGAUUAAAAUCAGAUGUCAUUUAUGUUGUUUUUUGGGGUUUUUUUAAAUUUUGAUAUGUAGCCGAAUUUCAGAUUUGAAACUUAAGUGUAUAUAAGACAAAAAGUGAUUCUGCUGGUUUUAGGGUUAGUGUAUGAUUGGGCUGGUAGAAAGGGAACUUUUACUGACAGAACACAGUUUUGAUCGAAAUUAGUAGAACCAGAUAGAUUAGAUUGCAAUGUAAACGUAAUAUAUAUGAAACAAAAUUGUCAGUUGGAUUAAAAAAUACAGAUCCAAAACACAACUCUUCCAGAUUCUAGUGUAGUAAAGACAAGUAAAAUGAAAUUUUGAACUAGAAAAAAACGAAACAAAAUAGGAUCUGUGUUUUAAUCAGAUUGCAAAAUUGUAAUCUAAUUUUAAUUAUAUUGAAUUUUUAAAUAGUUGAUAUUAUUUAUGUGAACGGUGUAACUUCAAUAAUCUAAGUCUAUAUAUAAAUAUAAUCAAUUAUACAGGUAUGUUAUAUUACAUAUAAUCCUGUGUUAGUUCGAUACCUUUUGCAUUUAUUAAAUGAUUGAAGUAUUAAAAAUCAUCUGGAUGAACUAACAUUCUUGCCAUGAGAUAAGUUUAUAAGUGUACAUGUAUUUGUAUUUGUUUAGUUGUUAAAAUUUAACAGAGGUUUUCUUGGGGUGUAUAAUCUUUAUAAUAGAGUUGAAACAAAUCAAAAUAAUUGUCACAAAUUCACUUUGAUACUGUGUUAUGACAGAAUUAAUUUUAUUCUUUAAAUUAAAUUAGAUUCAGUACCACCAGUACAGGAAGUAUCACUCUUUCAUUGUGUUUUGAUUUUCUAAUUGUAAAUCCCAUGACUAAUAAAGAAAAUUAAAGAUCA